CUCUUCUCUUCAAUCUCCUGGACAUUCUUGCUAGACUACUCUACCCUUUCACUUGGCACCUGGUUCAUCCGAACAGAGACAGCCUAGAGGAACGUCAACCCCCCACGUGUUUCUCUUUCUCCUAAUUGCGCUGUGUCACCUCUUCGCUCUUCACUCUUCACUCGCCAACCCUUUAGGACUUCGAUUUUCCCAGGAUAAUUGCCCCAGUGAACAAUCAGCGUGGACUUUACCCCUCAGGAUUUACCGGACUUCUCCAAGGACUUGCUAUUGCCGACCAGGAUCAAAUUUUCAUUUCUGGCCACUUCCCAAGGAUCAUAUCUCGUUGUCUGUUUGCCCUGGAAUCGAGAAAGAACCCAUUCAAGUCGUGAUUAUCGGCUUUGGAACCUACUCGUCGCCCUCAUAGAAACUGUACAUCCUACAAUAAAACGGACUCACCACCAUCAACUUCCCCUGGAUCUUCAGAUCUACCACUUCGGAUUUCCUCUUUCUUUCUGGCCACUUUGGAUCCGAGGACUUUAAAUUUAAACCGGACAUUUCCAUCGGACAUUAUGACAGGCCGCUAUGAAUCGCGCCCGGAGCGUCAGAAUGAAUAUUUCAUCCCCGGCGACGGAAUCAGCCGAGAAGUCAUUCAAGCAGAUAUUUGUCGCUACCUUGGAAAUGAUGCACUCGUGAGACCCGGCAACCAUGGUGGCCGCCCGGGAUUCUUCAUCCGUGCCUAUCGGAACCUCACAUCUGAGAUGAUAACUGACCUGAAGGCUGACUCCGCCCGCUGGGAGGCGGAUGUCUCACGCCGGGCUGACCUAGGCUAUCCCAGAGCGAACUAUGCUGCUUCGGCUGUCCAUGAGGUUCGCCAACAACAGGGUCCAUCCCCCACACCAUUUACUGCCGCUCCUGCGCAGCAGCCAUACAUGGAUCCUUAUUCCCAGAGUCCCUACAGUGGAUCCCAGAAUGCCCCCUACACCAACCCUCCUCCUGCAUACACAUCUACUCACUCGCCAUACGCAUCCGGUACAGCCCCGUACCCCCCACCCCAGGUUUCCUACUCUGGCUCCAAUCAGCCCGUCGUGACGGCGGCGGACAUGCACCCCCAAUCGUACACCUACGCUCCCACGGGGUAUGGAUACGACAAUGGCCGAAGCAAUGCUCCCCGAUACCCGGGGCCAGGAUAUGAUGCCGAGCAGGACUAUUCUCCCGUAACUUCCGGGAUGGCUUAUCCUACCACUACUGCCCCGGAUCCCCGGAUAGGAAUGGAGCCCAGAUACACUCCAGAAUAUGAGCGCAGACCACAAGCAACCAGAGACAACACACAUCGUCGGCGGUAG